UCUAUUUGUAUUAUCUUUAACAAUGUAAUCAGAUAGACGCGCUCAGAGCUAUUUUUUUUAUUUUAUUUAAAUUCAAAAUUUUACAUAUUUUAUUAUUGUUUCUAUACGUGUAAAGACCACAAACGUGACAUUGGCGGAAUUGUGUAAAUGCAAAUAGGCCAUGAAUUAAAAAAGAAGAAGAAGAAGAGUGGGUUCUUUUUCAGACUUAUUAGAUUACUUGUGCAUUACGAUUUUUUUAUUAAGUCUUUUAGAAAUGUUUCAACGUAUUGUUCCAUUUUUUAAAUACACAAGUCGGCAGAUAGUGUAUGUUCCUAAACAUAAACCACCAGAUCUAAAAGACUUCGAGAUACUUAAAGAUUUUUUGUUAAGACAUAAUAACAUUUUAAUACUUACUGGUGCUGGUAUAUCUACGGAAUCAGGUAUACCAGAUUACAGAUCAGAAGAAGUUGGUCUUUAUGCUCGAAGCAAUCACAAGCCAAUCCAGUAUCAGGAGUUUAUAAAAUAUCCUAAAGUGAGACAAAGAUAUUGGGCCAGGAAUUUCGUAGGAUGGCCAAGAUUUAGUAAAGUAAAACCAAAUAUGACUCAUAAAUCGAUCAGACGAUUGGAAGAGGCUGGUAAAGUUACUGGAAUCGUUACUCAAAAUGUAGACAGACUUCAUCAUAAAGCUGGAUCACAGAAUGUUAUUGAGCUGCAUGGCACUGGCUACUUAGUAAAAUGUUUGAAAUGCCCUUAUGAAAUUUGUAGAGAAGAAUUGCAGCAACAAUUAAUAAAAAAUAAUCCCGAGAUGGAAGAAACAUUUUCUUUCAUUAGGCCAGAUGGAGAUGUGGAUUUAAAAUCUGAACAAGUAGAAAAGUUUAAAACGCCACUUUGUCCAAAAUGUGAAGGUCCUUUGAAACCAGAUAUCAUAUUCUUUGGGGAUAAUGUUCCCAAGCAAAGAGUGGAAGAAGUGCGAGACCGAGUGACUGCUAGCAAUGCAGUUUUUGUUUUAGGAUCUAGUCUGACUGUAUAUUCUAGUUAUAGAAUUAUUCUACAAGCCAAAGAGGAGAAUAAGGAAGUAGCCAUUUUGAAUAUUGGUCCAACUAGAGCCGACGAUGUAGCGCAUAUAAAGAUAUCCACCAAAUGUGGAGACAUAUUACCAAGUUUAUGCGAUGUUAUAUGUUCCUGAUAUUAUUUAUUUUAUUAGAAUUAUGGAUUAGUUAAUUGUACAUACGGCUCCACGUCAGGUUGUUACUACAAUAUAUC